AUGAUGCACGAUCUUCAAUCAAGUGGGUCCCACAGCGUAGAUGGCAAUUGGAGUGCACUCGGGAAGCUUCUAAUCUAUUGUUCUGGAUGCAAAAAAGACGGAUUAUUCAACAAAAUCCAAAUCCCGGGACAUUUUGCACAUCGUACUAGGUUUUCAAGAACUUCUGGAAAAAGUUUUUUGUUGCCAAAUUGUAGGACGGAUGUUUUGUAUGUUUCCGACCCAUGUGAGCAUUUGGAUCAAGGAGAAGAAGGGGAUGUGGGGUUUUUCCGAGGGGUAUUUAAGUCAUUUGCCACUUCGAAAGUAAGGAAGAUGCUAAUUAGAAGAGGGGCGAAGUUUCAUGAGAGUGAAUUUUGUCCUUAUUGUAAAGCGAAAUUAUGGAGUAUGUUGCAAGCUAAAAUGAUUCCUCAAAGUGCAAGUUGUAGAUUGGGGGC